GCUAAUCAGGGACAAUGUUGUAAUUCUUCUGUGUCUGACAGAUGGCAAAGAAACAAAUGAUGGAACUGAUAGCGAGUAAAAAAGUGACCCUCCACCACUGUGACGUAGCAGCAAUGCCUCUCAGAGACAGCACUGUGGACAGAGUCUUUCACUGUAACUGCUACUACUUCUGGCCUGAUCUUAGAAAAGGAGCCGCAGAAAUCCACCGGGUGAUGAAGCCAGGAGCCCUGAUGGUCACAACUCUGAGGCUUUCUCGUGUGGCUACGAUUGCAGCGAAGGGGGUGAUGCCAGGGGAAAACUGGCGCCCAGAGGCCUACAUGGCAGCUCUGAGAGACUCCGGCUUCACUGAUGUCAGAAUGGAGGACAAGCAGGACAGAAACAUUACUUUUCAGGCUAUCUUUGCCACUGCCUUCAAAUAAGAUUGUGUCGGAUCUACACUACUUGUGCGAUUGUGAAGUGUAGUGUGAUUACAUCAGUCAUUAAUGGUCUUCCUUUUGAAGAUGGAAUAACUUGAACUUAUCAUAAUGAUAAACCUAUACAGAUGAGAAGUUUUUAUAUCAUUUCCUGUCAUUCCCUACAUGCAGUGUUCUUACAUCAGCACCAAUAUACAGUACGGUGAUUUUAAAACUUAGAAACAGCAUUACUGUGAAAAGUGGAAAUAAAACAUAAUGAAGGUUCAAGGUUCUUUAUUUGUCACAUGCAUAGUUAUACAAGUAUAACACACAGUGAAAUGUAACCUGACACGCU